AUGGUUUUGUUUUUCCUUCUCACACCCGUCCUCAACCCCCUACUCAACUCUCCAACCUCGCCUGUGAGGGAUAGGCCUCUAUCAGGUCGAAAGCCUGCAGAGCGCGCAUCCCGGCGGGAAUACUAUUCAGACCCUUGUGCCGACUCCGCUGCAACUUCAACCCAACCUCCAAGACCGCAUGGCCAGCCUGGAGAGAAAUGGUUCACAGAGAUGUACGCUUCCCUGGAUGGGAGAGAUCCAGGGUACUUCGACACCUACAUAGGCGAGAACGCCACAAUCAUCUUCGCGAACUCCCCUCCAAUAAUUGGGAAAGACGCUAUCCGGCGGUUCAUAAACUGGGAGUACACCGCUACCAAGAAGAUCCUUCGCAAAGUGCACCGAGUCGUCGUGGUCAAAGAUAUGACCAUAUCUCAAGGAGAAGUGGUGUACACCUUCCAGGAGGGGGACGAGAUAACGGUUCAAGUCGUGGUUAUCGCUGAGAAAGCACCAGAGGAGAAGCGGCUCAACAACACUCUCAGAGUUUACGGAGACUUCACGGUUGCACUGUGGGAAGCCGCUUCCAUCAUGUUCAAGGUCGGGAAAUGA